AUGAACGGAAGCCAAGAAGCAGAAAUGGAACGAAGCAAACAGAGAAAAGAAGACGAACUGGAGAUUGAGGAGUACACGGAAGAAGAGAAGAUGGAGAUGGCUGAUGCAACAUCUGGAUUUAGUAAUAGUGGAUCGAGGAUAGGCGGAUCGAAGGAUGUGUCGUUUGAGAUAAUGGCAGCAGCGAUGUAUCAGCGAAUGAUGCGACACUUUGGAGUAAAGAAUGGAAAGAAGAGUGAGAAGAGCAAGAGUGGACCGAAGAGCACAAACAGUGCAGCAGUAAGCAGUAGAGCUAGAAGAAAGAGCGAUGGAACAGGAAUGAAGUCGCUGGUAUAUUUUCUGAUUGGGAUAGUGAUUGUAUCGUAUUUGAUAUACAAGAUGAUAAGCAUGCAAGGAGAAGAGAGUGCAGGAGAAUCAAAUGGGAAUAUGUCGAGCUCUGACAAAGAGCGUGCAAAGAUACUGUCAUUUAAGGAAGGAAGUAUGUUUAACGAAGUGACUUAUUUUGGAAAGACUGACAUGAUGGUGAAGGUGGUUUCGCACAUGACACGAAUGGUGAAUAUGAUGCGAACACUGAAUCUGAAGGAUCUUGAAAGAAGUAUUGAGACUACACAGAGGAACUUUUUGUUCCAUGGACCACCGGGGACUGGAAAGACUCACUUUAUGAAGAAGCUUGUGUAUCUGGUUGAUCUGAACAUGAAGAUGCUGCAGAUGAAGGACCAGAUUGGGAGUGAGCGCUUCAAGCAGAUGGAGUUCAACGAGAAGAUGAUAAAGGCGAAGGAAAUGAAAUCUCUUGUGAGGAUAGUGUUUGUGACGCCGUCGAUUUUGAACGACAAAUAUGUUGGAGAGACUGAGAAGAACAUUCGCGUGAUGUUCAAUGCAGCCAAGAAUGCAAACUACUGGGUAAACAUAGUAUUUAUAGAUGAGAUAGACGCGUUCUUUUCGAAGAGGAACGAUAAUUCGCAGGAAUACUCUAUCAAAGCGCAGACUGAGUUUUUGAAUCAGAUUGGAGGAGCUUGCGACGACCUACGAGGAAAUGUGUUUUUGUUUGGAGCGACAAAUCACUUUGACAAGCUUGAUCCUGCAUUCAAAAGGAGAUUCUCAACGAUAUAUGAGUUUUCACCACCUAACGAUGACGAGAGACUUGAGAUUCUGGAGCAGUAUCUAUGUGACAACACACAGGGUAUAACUGAUAGAUACACUGAUCUUGUUAAGCUUACAAAUGGAAUGCCGCAGUCUAAGAUAGUUGAUAUUCUGAAGAAGGUGUCGUUUUCUAACGAUGGAAAGAUUAACGAAGUCAAGUGGGAUGAUCUUAGGAAGGAGUUUGAAGAUGCCGAUCCAAACAAGAAAGGAUCUGACGGAAGCAAGAUUGAUGUGAACAAGUCAAUAAGGGACUACUACUUCCUGGAGCCGAGGUUUGAGGAGCCAAAGAAGGACCAUAAGGAGAAUCAGCCCACCAAGAAGAGUAUUCAUAAGAUCCGUAACCGUAGUUGUUAA